AUGGUCUUCCAAAUCAAAACCAAAGCAGAGAUAUUCAAAAUCCCCAACUUCGGCGGCAUCCCCAACAUCUAUUUCGCGGACUACCUAGGAACGCAACAAGAUACUCAAGCCCAAUCACCGGCUCAUGGUUCCGCAUCGAAAAAGGCCCUCCGUCGACUCCCCCGAAAUACGAUUACGACGAAGUCGGCGUGGUCAUUGAGGGCAAGAUAA